AUGGGAGGCUUCAACAAAGUCACCGAUCUGGCACAGCAGCUCGCCGGCAAGGAACAAACCGGGCAAGGCCAAGAGAACCAACAGGAUUCGUCCCAAAUCUCAGGUAGCAAUCAGAAAUGGGCAGAGGUUGGUUUGGAGGCCAAAAAGGCCUUUGCCGACUACCAAGCCGACCAAGCCGCCGGCAAGGGUCCAGAGUACAAUAGAAUUGGCGGCGUUGCCCAGAAGGCGUUUUCUGCCUACAGCAGCGGCGGGGAGAAGAGAGAUCUCGCUGACAUCGGGAAGCAAGUUGCCGCUGGUUUCGGUGGUGGCGAAGAAGUUGACACGGCCCGCAACUCUAGUGAAGUUGGGAAUGGCAUGUCUCAAAGUGGCCGGGGCCAGCGCAGUUUUGGGACGGAUGGAAGUGAUGUUGAUCUCGGGGAUGGGACGAUGGGCGAUACACUGCACUCUACGACGGCAGAGGCAAAAACAAGUUCAAAGAGUGAGAGGUUCUCGGGACAAGAAGCGCUCUACGAGGCGGCAGGGCAUGGGUUGCAAACUGAGCGAGAUACCCAAGAUGGCACCGUGUUCGAGAAGGGCGAUUUGGACGAGGACGAAGGCGUUUGCACCGGAGGCCAGGGUAAGAGGCGGGAGGCUACGAGUGGUACAGCGGCCAACCAAGGCAAGAAAAAGAAUCACACGACUUGA